GGAGGCAGGAGCCGGCGCGAGGGAGGGGAGCACGGCGAUCGCGCGAGCAAGCGGCGGGCAGCGGCGAGGUGUCCUGCACGCCCGGUCCCCGCGCCCGCCCCUCUGCGCACCUACAGCCCCAGCCGCACAUGAGCGCGGCGCCUCAGGGUCCCCGUCGGCCCGAGCUGCCCGAGCGCUCGCCUUCGCCCAGGCGCCGGACAUGAGCCCCGCCGACACCUGAGGCGCAGGGGGCGCUGCUCGGAAGGACCGCGCCCCCGGCUUCCCCGGGUCUCUGCACUGCGGGGCGCCACCCCGGACCCCGGCGGCGGAGGCUUUCGCGGAGCACAGCAGCGCCCGGGAGGCAUGGAGCCCGAGGGCCAGGCCCGGGCCGCUGCGGCCAAGCUGUCGGAAGCGGUGGGCGCAGCGCUGCAGGAGCCCCGGCGACAGAGGCGCCUGGUGCUGGUCAUCGUGUGCGUGGCUCUGCUGCUGGACAAUAUGCUGUACAUGGUCAUCGUGCCCAUCGUGCCUGACUACAUUGCCCACAUGCGCGGGGGCGGCGGUGGCGGCGACAGCGCCACCCUGGCCACUGAAAGCUGGACGCCCACCCCGCCGCCGCCCACGGCCACGGCCCCCAACGCCUCCUCCGUGGCCAACGCCUCGGCGCCCCCGACGGCUGCGGGCCCGUCCUGGUUGACCCUGAGGCCCCGCUACCCCACGGAGAGCGAGGACGUGAAGAUCGGGGUGUUGUUCGCCUCCAAGGCCAUCCUGCAGCUGCUGGUGAACCCCCUGAGCGGGCCCUUCAUCGACCGCAUGAGCUACGACGUGCCGCUGCUCAUCGGGCUGGGCGUCAUGUUCGCCUCCACGGCGCUGUUCGCCUUCGCCGAGGACUACGCCACGCUCUUCGCCGCGCGCAGCCUGCAGGGCCUGGGCUCGGCCUUCGCCGACACGUCCGGCAUCGCCAUGAUCGCCGACAAGUACCCAGAGGAGCCGGAGCGCAGCCGCGCCCUGGGCCUGGCCCUGGCCUUCAUCAGCUUCGGGAGCCUGGUGGCGCCGCCGUUCGGGGGCAUCCUUUAUCAGUUUGCCGGCAAGCGCGUGCCCUUCCUGGUGCUGGCGGCCGUGUCGCUGCUCGACGCGCUCUUGCUGUUGGUGGUGGCCAAGCCCUUCUCGGCCGCGGCUAGGGCGCGGGCCAACCUGCCGGUGGGCACGCCCAUCCACCGCCUCAUGCUGGACCCCUACAUCGCGGUGGCGGCGGGCGCGCUCACCACCUGCAACGUCCCCCUGGCCUUCCUGGAGCCCACCAUCGCCACGUGGAUGAAGCACACGCUGGCUGCGUCCGAGUGGGAGAUGGGCAUGGUCUGGCUGCCGGCCUUCGUGCCGCACGUGCUGGGCGUCUACCUCACCGUGCGCCUGGCGGCCCGCUACCCGCACCUGCAGUGGCUCUACGGCGCGCUGGGGCUGGCGGUGAUCGGCGUCAGCUCCUGUCUGGUGUCCGCCUGCCGCUCCUUCGCGCCGCUCGUGGUCUCCCUCUGCGGCCUCUGCUUCGGCAUCGCGCUGGUGGACACGGCGCUACUGCCCACGCUGGCCUUCCUGGUGGACGUGCGCCACGUCUCGGUCUACGGCAGCGUCUACGCCAUCGCCGACAUCUCCUACUCGGUGGCGUAUGCGCUCGGGCCCAUCGUGGCCGGCCACAUCGUGCACUCCCUGGGCUUCGAGCAGCUCAGCCUGGGUAUGGGCCUGGCCAACCUGCUCUACGCGCCGGUCCUGCUAGUCCUGCGCAACGUGGGCCUCCUGACGCGCUCCCGCUCCGAGCGCGACGUGCUGCUGGACGAGCCCCCCCAGGGCCUGUACGACGCGGUGCGCCUGCGGGAGCGCACCGCGCCGGGCGAGGACGGCGAGCCUAGCAGCCCUCCCGGCCCCUUUGAUGGGUGCGAGGAUGACUACACCUACUACCACACCCGCAGCUAGCACCCGCCCCUCCUCCAGGCCGCCCGCCCUUCCCCCUGGAGUCCGGGGGGCUGCACUGCUAGCGCCAACUCAGGCUCAGGGCCCCUCCCGCGAGCACCCCAGCCCCUCCUCUGUCCAGUGUUCACUCGCCCGCCCGGGGGCCCUCUCCGGGCCCGCUCCCUAGUUCUCUUUCUCGACCUUGGGUCAAGUAGAGCCUUGGAGACCCCGAAGCCACUGUGCCCUGCGCAGAGGGAAAGCGCUGUGUGGGCCAAUCAAUAAGCUGCCCGGCGCAGAGCCGCGCGUCUGUCUGUCCUCCCCUGCGUUCCUCCCAGUGCCAAACUCGUCCUGUCGCACCGCGGUGCCUCGGGCCGAAUUAAUAAACUGUGUCUGUCGGA